UCUAGGUCAGCUGGGAUGGAGCCUCCGGCCUGGGUGCCACGAAGCCUCGCGGGGCGGGCCCAAGCCCUGAAGGUGGCGUCAGCGUCGGGGAGCCGCAGGGUCUGCAAGCCGCCCUCACUGAGCCGCCUCGCGGUGGUGGUGGAUCAAGGAUCCGGCUUCACCAAAGCGGGCUUCGCGGGCGAGGACCAGCCACGCCUGGUGCUGAAGAGCUCCAGCCUGGUGCCCAGCUGGGAUCGGCCCGUGCUACCUGGGGCACCAGGCUGCGAGCUGGCGGGCGGCGUGGCGCGGGCGCAUCCCAUCAAGCACGGUGUGGUGGUGGACUGGGAAGCGCUAGAGGGCCUGUGGGAGCGCUUGCUGGUAGGCGGCCUGCGGGUGUGCCCAGAGCAGUGGCCCAUACUGGUGAGCGACUCGCCAUCGGCGCCACCCUCGAGCCGCGAGAGGGUGGCUGAGCUGCUCUUCGAGGCCCUGCAAGUGCCUGCGUGCCAUAUGGCCAGCACUGCGUUGUUGGCACUCUGCUCCACCGGCGCGUUCAGCGGGCUGGCGGUGGAGGCGGGUGCAGGCGUGUGCCAUGCCACGCCCAUCUAUGCAGGCCACUCGUGGCAAAAGGCCACCUUCCGGCUGGAUGUGGCAGGCACCACCCUGUCGCGCUACCUGCGGGACCUGCUGGUGGCAGCGUGCCCCAAUCUACUGCUGCAGACCCUGCCCCGAAAGGCCAUCACACAGCUCAAGAAGCGCUGCUGCUAUGUGUCGCUGGACUUUGAGGGUGACCUCCAUAACCCUGCCCGCCACCAUCCGGCCAGUUUCUACUUAGGCAAUAGGUGCUCUGUCUGUCUCAGCAGCGAGCGAUUCUGCUGUCCGGAACCCAUCUUCCGGCCUAGUCUGCUAGGCCAGUCUGAGCCAGGACUGCCCACACUGGCCUUCCAGGCACUGCAAAGGGUGCCUGCAACACUAAGGACACGGCUGGCUGACACCGUGGUGCUGGCUGGUGGCUCCACGCUUUUCCCUGGCUUCACUGAGCGCCUGAAGAUGGAGCUGGAAGCCCAGUGCCAGCGGCAUGGCUAUGGGGCGUUGCAGCCGUGCCUGGUGGCCAAGCCUGGGCGUGGCACAGCAGUGUGGACAGGUGGCUCCAUGGUGGCCUCAUUGCACUCCUUCCAACGCCACUGGAUGACCCGGGCCCUGUACCAGGAGUAUGGUUCCAGGCUGGUGCACGAAGUGUUCAACUGAGUCAUGUUGGACUAGAGGGGGGUGGUACCAGGGGUGGUGCCACCAGGGGGCUGUAGAGGCAGAGGCUUGGUGGGCUGAGCUGAAGUUCUAUUAGAGGCAUAGAGUGCCAGAUAAAAAUCUCAAGUGAUUGGAGCUGGCAGAGUCACCGUGUGGUGAUUUCUGGGCCAUGAGGAGGUGGUCUGGUCCCCCAGGGCCCUCACUUUGACCUGCAGUCUGCAUUCCCCCUAACCAGUGCCAGCUCAGAAAAUACCAGUCCAGCUGCCCAUGACCAGGGCCGUUUCCAUGGCAAUAAGGAAGUCGAUGCCCACACUUGUAUCCAGGCCACAGAUAUGGAAGUCACCACAACACACCAACCCCUCAUCAUGUGCUAUUCCCAUCCCACGUCAGGCCCAAAGGGGUGACCCUUGGAAAAGUUACUUAAUCCCAUGUGAAAGCCACCAGAGGGGAAGCACUGUCCACAGCUGAUCAUCAGACUAGCUGAGGGCCUCAGUUUCCCCUUGUGUAAAAAGUGAGGUCAGGCACAAUUCCAGGCUUGCUCACUGCUCCCUCCCCACCCCCUGAUUAAGAGCUAUGGGACAAAGGGAGGUGGAGACCUUAAAAGGAACACAUAAAAAAGAGGGGUGGCUUGUGGGUUCUUUGAAGUCACCAUACCAGGGCCUGGAGCCCUGGCGGUGAGCACUAUUUAUGCUUGUGCACACGUGCACACACACACGUGGGUGCAUACGUGCCUGCCUACUCCCUCACAUCCUCAGGCCAGUCUACCAGGCUCUGCACACCAGCAUGGGCCUGUGGAUACAUGUGCAAGCAUGCCCCACCCCCAGCUCAUCCCUGCUGGGCUUGAUAUCCCAUAAUAGUAAGGUCUGGCCAAUAAUAAAAACAGCAGCUCCAGGCAUUAAGCACCUACUAUGUGCCAGGCGUAGUUCUGGGUGCUAGGGAUAGAGAAGAAGACAAACAAAAAUUGCUGCCUUCAUUCUCAUUUAAUUGUCACAACCAAUGCAUGGAGGCAGGCUCUAUUUUUAUCCCCAGUUUGUAGAUGAGGAAAUAGGCCCAGGGAAGUAAAGGUACACAGACAGGAAGUAGGAGAGCCAGGAUUUGAACCCAGGCCUCUAGCUCCACAGCCCUGAGCCAUGACAAUAAAGGCUCCCCCAGCACAACAGACACCUCCUGCCCUCAUUUUGAGCCCCCCACCAUCAGCUCCUCC